AUGGGCCACCAGGCAGACGCCACCUGUAUGACAGAAGAGGCCUCUGAGCACAGCACACCAACACAACAAACAGAUCAGGAUGAUUCUUUGCAUGCAGAAGAAGAAAUUCCCACGAUGCGCUUGACAUUCCAAGAGCAGGAUUUCUGUGUGUUUCCAUCGCCACACGAUGAAACACCAACCGUGUAUAUGGACACAUCGUCAAAAGACACCGGCGCUGAAGAUGCACUGGUUGGCGUACCUGCGCCGGAGCUGCACAUAGACCCAGGUGUAUUCUGGGAGCCACUGGAUUCGCUGUUUGCCGCAUUGCGUGUGACAGAUGCACUGGGCGAAUUUCUCGAGGAAGGGACAGAGCUCUGUUUGGCAUUUCCAGAUCUCGAACUCGUCCUGCAUGAAGACAAUGUGUAUGCACGUGAAAUCUCGCUCCAUGAUAUCUCUCAGCUGGCACUGGGAUUCGGGUACCAUGGCAGUCUGCACGUGCUUGUCACAGAGACUCCUCGGUUUAUUUCGCAAUACAAUGCACUGGCCAUGAUGAUGAGUGGUGCCGCGGACGAUGACAAUGAAGCAGCCGAAGACGAAUGGAAAGAUGGGCAGAUGGAUGAAGUGGAGGCUGAGGAAGAAGAUGUAGACGAGGAUGACAAGGCCGAGGACGGCCAAGUGGAUGAGGAUGAAUCCGGCGAUGAUGACGAGGCUGAUCAGGCCGACGACAGCCAAGUGGACGAGGAUGACCCCGGCGAUGAUGACGAGGCUGAUCAGGCCGACGACAGCCAAGUGGACGAGGAUGACCCCGGCGAUGAUGACGAGGCUGAUCAGGCCGACGACAGCCAAGUGGACGAGGAUGACCCCGGCGAUGAUGACGAGGCUGAUCAGGCCGAGGACGGCCAAGUGGGUGAGGACGACCCCGGUGCUAAUGACGAGGUUGACCAGGCCGAGGACGGACAAGUGGAUGAGGGUGAACCCGAUGCUAAUGACGAGGCUGACCAGGCCGAGGACGACCAAGUGGAUGGAGAUAAUGUCAGCGAGGCCGGCAAAAACAAAAUGGUUGGGCAGACUAAAGAGUCACUGCACAAAGAAGCGGAUGAUGUACAUGCGACAUAUAGUGGCGAUGAAGCCGUGCACCGUGAAGAAGCCGAGGAUGCUGACAAGACAACCAAUGCCGCGGACGAGAAUGACGCAGGCAGCGUGAAUCACGAUGCCACUGCAAGCAAUGUGCCGUUUGCAGAAACCAUUGGGCAUGCUGUUGAUGCAGAGACUCGUCCCUCGAAUGGCCCGGUGAGAAACGAUCUCGAGUCUAUCGAUGUGGAACAGAGUCCUAGCCAUGUCGAUGACAACAUCGAGGAGACCACCGUUGGGCACACCAGGACUGGAGAGAACCUCGAUGCAAACUACGACAAACACAGUACUUUCGAGAAUGGUCUCGAUCACGGAUGUAACGCCCGCCACUCGCAUGAUGCUAAUGUUACUGACAACAACAAGGCCUGUGACGAAAAACCUCGAGACACGCUUGCCGAUGCCGUCGUGAGCUGCCCUAUCCCUCGUGCGAACGACAGUGGUCGUGCCGGUGAGUCGACAAACUAUGAUACCAGCACCCCCAUGUCUCCAUCCCCCAGCAAAGCCGAGAGCGUCGAUCAGCAUCGUCCCGCUUCUUCUCCAUUCACAAGCGUGACAUACGAUGACACAUCCAUUCGCCAUACCUCCUCGUCGUCAAUCGAGCAGCGCCACCAUAUACAGCAUACAUCAGUCUAUGAUGACGGACAGCUUGUGCAUGAGCAUGACGUGUACUCUGCACAUCCUUCUAAUGCAAAUGGGUCGGUAUUGUACGACGAGUAUGACCAAGCAGUGUACGAAGACGACGAGCCCAUUCAUGGUGCAAGUCAGCCUCACUCAAAAAGAUCUGCUGUGCCUGAGAACGGCAGCCCGUCUGUAUCUCUUCCGAAGCGGCCUAAAACAUCUUGA